CCCGCGAUGAAUCAUUGUCUGGCCGUCGACUCUGCCCCCUUUGCCCAGUUCCACCUCGCCUCGGUCCCGUCGCUCGGCCUCCUCCCGCGCCAACACAAGGUCCCACUCAACUCGCCGCCCGGCCACAUGCACGCCCACACACACGGCCAAGCACACGGCCACACACACGUGCACACACACACACACACGCACGGCCACAACCCGACGCAGACUGCGGCACAGACGGGCGUCGCGGCGUCCGCGGAAACGCGAGGCGACCUCGAGACGACGGUCGCGUCGUGCACGGAAGCCGAGGUGGAGUCAGAGGCGGAGGCGAGUUGGUCGAAAGCGGAGCGGCGGCAGCGCCGGCGCGGCCUGUCGAGUGGGCUCGCGGUGGCCGCGGAGCCGGGCCGUGCCGGCUGCCGGUUCCGCCUGGCCGGCUACCUCGGCGAGCACCAAUUGCAGAGCUUCUUCGCCCGCCUCCGCCUCCGUCGCUUCGGCCAACCCGAGCACCAACUCACCCUCGGACAAGCCGUGCCCAUCGACCUCGCCUCCGACUCCAACUCCGCCUCCGGCACGCCCGCCCACCUCUGCAUCUGCAUUCCGCUACACUUCUUCGUCCGCCGUCGCUCCGGCAGCCCCGACACCCACACACACACCCACACACACACCCACACACACGCCCACACACACACACACAGGCAGACAGAGCAACACCAGCCGGGCACCGGCAAGCAGCAGGAGGAGGAGGACGAGCUGGCCGAGUCCGAGGAGGCCGAGGCGCCCAUUCUCGUCGCGGCUCCUCUUCUGCCGGCCAAAACUGCUCAGGAGGAGGAGGAGGACGAGCUGGCCGAAUGCGAGGAGGCCGAGGCGCCCAUUCUCGUCUCCGCCGCCGCCAGCGCCGCUCCUCUUGUGCCGGCCAAAACUGCUGUCGUCAAGGCGACCGGCAGGCAUCAGUGUGGCGCGGGUGGGGCGGACGCGCUGGCCACGGUGCGCGCCUACUUCCCGGUGGGUGUGAUGAGGUCGGCCAACCAGUUGCGCAUCACGCCCGACAUGAAGAAGCGCGUACACACGCCUCCGUCAUUCGCAUUGCUGACUGACCAAUCACAAGUCUCCACAACGCGUCGCCUUUCACUCCGCGGCUCUACACCUCGUGCAAACAUGCAUCCAACAAUGCGGCCAUCCAGUCACACGCAAUCGGCAAAAACACACACCCAUACACGCCGGCUGGCCUUAAUGAAUACUGACACAACUAGGCCCAAGGCAUUGAAAGGCAUGCACGUCCUGAUCGCAAUUUGGACGUGGGCGUUUUCGUGUGUCUGCUUUGUCCCAACGGCACUUUGGGAUGAGUCGAACUUUGACGCGAUUGCCUCGAUUCUUUGCAAUUUGGCAUCCUUUCGAGUAUAUUCUCGAAAGAAGAAGAAGAAGAAGUAUGUCAGCUCUGCCGAAAUGCGGUUCGCACCUCUUUGGCCCUGCCCUCCUUCCCAACACACACACACACACACACACAAUUCCCAUUAUGUUGAUUUUGCCAUAGCGACCGGUGAUUUGCGUACAUUCCGGUCGCCAUGCCUUCAUCUUGGACAGAAGGCCACGCUUUCUUGGUCCGAGUACCGCCGCCGGCCAGGAGCAUCGAGUCCGAGUUGGCAUGACGAUUGUCUCUUCAUAAGUCGGCACUUUGCUAGCAUUGUUUGCCAUGCGAGUGUGUCUGCUCAAGAGUCAGUCUCAAGGGAUGCUGUGCCCAGCUGGGCGUGGUGGGCCAGCACUCCGUGA